AUGGGGGCGCGCGCGGCGCCGAGCUCCGCUGGGGGGGGGCGAGGGCUUAGUGCAAGUGAAAAUGCAGUGCUUGUUCUUGGACAGGUUGAUGGGGAGCACGCUGUUAGUUUGGGAUACAAGGAACCGCAGCAUUCCAGCUGCGGAAGCGCUCUUGGAGCUGCCUUGGAUGGGGCGGAUGGGGGCGCGCGCGGCGCCGGGCAGAGCGACGACUCGGACAUCUGGGACGACACGGCCCUCAUCAAGGCGUACGACAAGGCGGUGGCCUCCUUCAAGAACGCCCUGAAGAACGGAGAGUGCCCGGAGCCCCCGGAGAAGCCGGAGCAGUCGGGGACCAAGAGGAAGAACAACAAGAAGAACCGGAGCAGAAAGAAGAGCAACUCCGCGCCGUCCAAACAGUGGAAAGUUGGUGACAGCUGCAACGCGGUUUGGUCUGAGGAUGGCAACGUCUACCUGGCCACUAUCGCCUCCAUUAACCACAAGAGGGGCACGUGCGUUGUUAUUUACACUGGAUAUGGCAAUAAGGAAGAGCAGAACCUGUCUGACCUCCUUCCUCCRGCCAUCGAUGAAGCAGUAAAUGAGAUGGGGAAUUCGGGGGAGAAUGAAAAUGAGACUCAGUAUUCGACAGAUGAAAGUGAAAAAUCUUCCCAGUCACCUCGAAACAAAAACUGCACAAAAGCCAGAUUCUCUCCUCGCAAUUUACGUUUUCCCAUGCCCCAUGCAACGCCAGCUCCAGGAAAGGCUGGAUCGAAAUUCAACCCACCUCUGCCGUUUUUAUCCUGCUGGCCCCCACCCUUCCCAACAGGACCCCCGCUGAUUCCUCCUCCACCUCCUAUGGGGCCAGAUUGUCCUGAGGAUGACGAAGCGUUGGGGAGCAUGCUGAUAGCCUGGUACAUGAGCGGUUAUCACACCGGGUAUUACCUGGGCUUAAAGCAGAGUCGAAUGGAAGCUGCCCUAGAGAGAGAAUCCCAUCCUAAAUAACUGAAUAUCCAUCACUGUCUUGCAGGACUCCAGGUACAAGUCUCUCCCACGGAGAGGGAUAUAUCACUUGUGAAGCGGUUGAUGGUGAAGAUCAGAAUUUUAUCAAGACAACCUCAACGUUCUGUUAAUAGUGAUAUAAUUAGUAGAUAAAUUACUGGAGACUAGAAAUUCUAUGUGCUUUGAAACAGGUUAUUUCUUAGYAACAUCCAGUCAACCAUAUAUUUAGUAAGCAUUGCAGCAAUGGAAAAAAAAAAAUCAGUAAAAUGCUCUUUAUUUCCUCAAAACAAUAUUAAGCCUAAUGUGAAUUAAAAAAAAAGUGAUAAGAUUUCUUUCAGUGUGUGGUUUAACACCUCUUGUAACUAUUUUAUCUUGUAUUCCUUAGAGUUUUGAUUUAUUUUUUUUUCCUCCUCUUGUGUUACAAGCCCAGUGCUUUUCGCUGGAGCCAGCGCGGUAUUUCCUGCCAAGCCGUGGUUAUGGCAGCAGUGUCCAUUGCUGAGCUGCUGCUGGCACUGACCUAGAAAACAGUGCGCUGCCAGAGUGAGCGAGAGGCCUAUUUUUAUAAUUAGCUGAACUUUGAAAGGUUGGUUUGUUUGUUUGUUUGUUUCACAUGCCUGUGAAUAAAGGUUCCUUUCAAACUUUGAA